AGUACCGAGAGCAAAAUGUUCCUAUAUCCCUGCCAAAAAUGUCAUGGCAUUGAGGAGACGGCUGCUGAAUGCAAGCGACUGGGUGCCAGGGUUCAUGCCUAUGUAGUAGACUGCAGUGACCGCGAAGAUAUUUACAGCUCUGCGAAGAAGGUGAAGGCGGAAGUUGGAGAUGUUAGUAUUUUAGUAAAUAAUGCUGGUGUAGUCUACACAUCAGAUUUGUUUGCUACACAAGACCCUCAGAUUGAGAAGACUUUUGAAGUUAAUGUACUUGCACAUUUCUGGACUACAAAGGCAUUUCUUCCAGCGAUGAUGGAGACUAAUCACGGCCAUAUUGUCACCGUGGCUUCACUAGCUGGGCACACUGUCGUCCCCUUCUUACUGGCUUAUUGUUCAAGCAAGUUCGCUGCUGUUGGAUUUCAUAAAGCAUUGACUGAUGAACUGGCUGCCUUAGAAAGAACUGGAGUCAAAACAACAUGUCUCUGUCCUAAUUUCAUAAACACUGGCUUCAUCAAAAAUCCCAGUACCAGUUUGGGACCCACUCUGGAACCCGAGCAAGUGGUGAGCAGCCUAAUGGAUGGGAUCUUGACUGAGAAGAAAAUGAUUUUUGUUCCAUCUUCUCUAGGCUUUUUAAUGGUAUUGGAAAGGUAAGCCACAGUUUGUCAGCAGGAGAAAUGAAA